UUCAAAAUUACAUCAAAAUGAAAGUAGCAUUUUGUACGGAUUUGGACAAAAGUGUAGUAUUGGCCAAUUGCGAAAAACGAAACUGGAUCCAAGUUGGACCGGACGAUGAAUGGAACAUUUAUUGGGCCGGCACUCUCACCUGCAGGAGCCUUUUCAGUGUCGACAGCGGCUACAGGAUGAACGACAAUCAAAUAAUAAACCAUUUCCCAAACCACUAUGAAAUAUCCCGCAAGGAUUUGUUAGUGAAAAAUAUCAAACGGUAUCGACGAGACCUAGAAAAAGAUUGUAAUCCUUUAGCUGAAAGAAGUGAGUCAAAAUAUCUGUAUUUAGACUUUAUACCAGUCACUUUUGUGUUACCGGCUGACUAUAAUAUGUUCGUCGAGGAAUACCGCAAGGCUCCACAGAGCACCUGGAUCAUGAAACCGUGCGGAAGAUCGCAAGGGGCUGGUAUAUUUUUGAUUAAUAAACUAUCUAAAUUAAAACGGUGGUCUAGGGAGUCAAAAACUCCAUUUCAACAACAAAUUGGCAAAGAAAGUUAUGUUAUUUCUAAAUAUAUCGAUAAUCCCCUAUUAAUUGGCGGAAAAAAGUUUGAUUUAAGACUCUAUGUUCUAGUCACUUCUUUCAGACCUCUGAAGGCAUAUCAAUUUCGGUUGGGAUUUUGCAGGUUCUGUACUGUAAAGUAUGACUCAAGUGUGGCGGAAUUAGACAACAUGUAUAUCCAUCUAACCAACGUUUCUGUGCAAAAACACGGAGGUGAAUACAAUUCUCUACACGGCGGAAAACUGAGUGUUCAAAAUUUGCGCCUGCAUCUGGAAAGCACGAAAGGUAAAAAAAUUACGGAAAAACUAUUCGACCAAAUUAGCUGGUUAAUCAUCCACUCUCUCAAGGCUAUAGCUCCUGUUAUCGCUACAGACCGUCAUUGCUUCGAAUGCUACGGAUAUGACAUCAUAAUCGACAACAACCUUAAACCGUGGCUCAUCGAGGUUAAUGCUUCACCUUCACUUACGUCCACCACUGCCAACGAUAGAAUUCUCAAACACAAGCUUCUGGACAAUAUCUUCAAUAUCGUUAUACCACCUUCUGGCAUGCCUGAUGUGCGAUGGAACAAGAUCCCUUCGCCGCAAGCUCUCGGUGAUUUUGAACUUCUCAUUGAUGAAGACAUGGUUGGCCAAAGUGAAGCUGGUGGUGAUAUAAACAUUAAAACGAACAAGUGGAGAUAAACUAACUGAUGAACGUUUUGUUGUACUAAUAUUAAAGUUUUAAAUAUUAUGUAUAUUAAACAAUGUGAUUAAAAAAA